AUGAGUGUCUUCGAAUACGCCAGCCCCAGGGCUCUUGUGCGGGUUAUUAGCCCAGAAUUCCAGAGGAGCGAGCUCUCUUACUUGAGCAUGCGCUUGCAGGAUGACAUUUCAGAAGACAGGAUUUGCGUGACGUACCUUCCCUUUCUCGCGCAAAGAGAGUUAUUCACAUACGAGCACUGCAGGAGUGUGCCCUUUCAGGACGUCUCCGUGGACGUGGAGAAUCUCGUCAUGGACUUCACGGGGUUGCAGGUCCAAUUCCUGAACGGGGUCGACUUCUGCCACUGGAAGGGCCACAUUCAGUGGCUUCUUCAUCCGCUAAAUAGGACCAGGAAGCACAAAAUAACGGCCACUUCCGGGGAUAUAAACGGGUCUUUCCUCGUAUUCGGAAAGUACUUUACAGUAAAUGCCUGGAAAGACUCGAUCCAAAUCAACAACAAACUCCCGUAUGCUGGGGAUAUGCUGCACUUCUCGGUGGAAAACAUCAGCAAAAGACUCUCUGAGGGCAGCAACCAGAAAAUCACCGCGAAUAUGCACUGCCCCGGGAGGGAGAGUCUGAACAUCCAAUUCUUCCUCCAGGAAAACUGGGAGAAUCCUGCGGUUUCUUCUCUGCUGGAGGAAGUUCACGCUCCAAGCAGUCUUUUCCACGUCUCUCUCUUCGGGAAGUACUUUAGACUCCCCAUUAGCAAGGAAGAGCCUGCGACCUGCAGCGACUAUAAGACCAAUCCCCACUGCUGCUGUGCGUACAUCCAGUACCGGUCGGAUGGAGACACUUUCGAGUGCCCUUUCAGCGAGUCCAUCAGUGCCUCCUUAAAGAAUCGCCUGAAUACGCUUUCCUCCCUUUUCCCGCACAGUUUCCUGCUGAAUAAGUACUGCACUCGAUACCUGGAGGAAUUCCCGAAGAUAUCCGAGAGAAUGCAGAAUUACCACGCCUUCAUCUCCCGGGAGGAAAGCCUCCUGCAGAAAAUACUCACACGCUCGGAGAGGGAGGACCUGAAGAAGUAUGCAACGGAAAGUGAUAUUCUGGCCUUCUCUUCCGGUGUCUUCGGAGUCUCCUGCAGGGAUACCUCAAAAAAUCACGUUAUCCUCCACGGGGGAGUUGAGUCCAGAGUGAGUGAAAUCCGGAAGACUCCAGGAUGGUAUCCCACAAAGACCCCGCGGGUAUUCGUGCUUGUGGGCGAGUCCGUAUACGACGUAUCCUUCAGGUGCUGCACAUCCCUCGACUUCUUUGUGCUGGCUCACGUCGGAGUAUCCCACGUCCUCAAGAACUUUCCAAGCACAAGCCAGAACAUGCAUAGCAUAUACAUGGAGUACAUCAGCAUAUUCACAAUGUGCCUGCACAGUAGCUCCGUAGAGUACAGGAGACUGAGCGAGUUUUCGAAUUAUUUGGAGGUUUCCAGCAGGGAGUCACCUGAAAACAAGCGGGAGACUCUCCCUGUUUACGUAGGCCUGCACGAUAGCAUCGUCCAUAGCAUCGGAAGAAUCGACCAGAUGGAAAACAGAAUUUCUCCACUGGACAUUGAAACCCUCUAUUUUACAACUGUCUUCCUCUUUAUGAUGUACAGCACGGACGUAAACAGCAUAGUCGAGUGCAUUUGCACGAUUCCCGGAGUGAACUCCCUCCACAUUCGGGCAUGCACGAAGAUUCUCUACUCCCUCCAGGAGUAUGCGUAUAUCAUUGGAGAGAAUCCCGCGAAUCCCGAGAGAGAUUCUCCAGAAGAUGCUCGGGCUGAGAAUAUCCCCGGGGGAGUCCAUGGGAACAGUCCGAAUUACGUGGAAAGAGCCGUGAAAUUGCCUCCUGAGAAGAUUCUCCGGGUAUUCCACGAGCUCUCCCUCAUGAAUUCAGUCCCUUCUUACAGGGCGGAGCGGCUUAAGAGGGUGCUUUACAGCAGGAGUAUACUGAAAGUGCCCGAACUGUGGAUAGUUCUCAUGGGGAUAUACGUCGAUGCAGUGGAUACUAACGAGUAUACGCACAUAAACGUCCACAUUCUUCUUCUCAACAGGUACAUAAAGAGACACUCCAGGAUAUUCGGGGGAAGUACUCCCUCCAUAAAGAACAAGGAGGUCCUGGAAGAGUGGGAUAAGUCGUGCAGGGAAGAGCCUGGAGGCGGAGGGCCAAAGCACAUCCCCGCAGUGGUGUACGCCUACGAAGAAGAGACGGGGGCGUAUUCUCUCUGUCUCUACAAGAUCGUGGACCGGAUAUUUUCCUCCCUCGGGGAAAGAGAAAGAGAAAUCGUGCGGGGAGUCUACCGAAAAAGGCAGAGCGUACUCCUCCACAGCCACGUAUUCAUUCUCCUGCAGCUUCUUGCGCUGAAAAUAGAGAAAGCCUCGAGUCUCCGGACGUAUACGAGCACCCUCAACUACAUACUCAACGUAUACAUGCACUAUUAUACGGGGGAAAGUGUCCAAAUUCCCUCCUACAACGAGACACUUUUGGAAAUAAUUUCAGAAAUACAGAAGGUGAAUCUGCAGUUCCUGGGGGAGUACCGCAUGAACAUGGCGAUAUACGGGGAAUCCGAUAGGAUUUGGGCGCUUAGGAAGAAGAGACUUCUCCGAGACGCGAUAUACAACUUCUGCGUGUGCGAAGUGAUACUGAGCAGGCGCAUAAUUAGGAGUAAUUUACCGCUGCAUUCGGAAGAGUGCGACUUUCCAGAGCGAGAGAGAAAGGUGUUCGACCUGCAGCACUAUCUGGAGGAGUGGGUUCUUUCCCGCGUGGAAUUACCAACUUCCCAGAGUACGCCCGACUUCGUGUACAGUAUCCUCGUGCACUACCACCCGGAGAAAUACGCAUACAUUUUCAAGGAAAAAUAA